ACAUUUCCGCAGUUAUAGCUCCUUGAAACAAGAUCGAAAGAGAUUGAAAGCCGAGAAGUUCGACCUCCUGACCCAGAUGAAACAACUCUACAGCACCCUUGAGGAUAAAGAAGAAGAGCUUCGGGAAUUCAUUCGCAAUUACGAGCAAAAGAUGAAAGAAAGCGAAGAAAAUAUGAAACAGAUGGUUAAAGAUCGGGAGGAGAUGGAACACGAGAAGUGGAGCAUACUGAAGCGAGCACGGGACGAGGCCGAGCGGGCUGUCUUGCUUUGCACUCAACUUGGACUAAAGGAUGCCCACAUCAAGGAACUUCAAGAGGAGCUGGCCACGCUGCAGGAAAAGCAGCUGACAUCCAAUCACGAUGCGCGUCAGACCAACGGCUUUGGAAGUCCUGGAUCCAUGUCUUAUCGCACGACCAAUGGCAUCGACUCCCAUGGCACACCCACGCCAACACCGGGCUCUGAUCCCACUACGUCACCAUCUUAUGCAGGCACUCCAACUAUUAAUGCACAAUAUGUGGAUUCGACAUCUCCCCACAAAGGCCUCACAAUUCAAACCUUAUCUCCAGAACAUCGCCCUAGUCUCUUGUCGAGAUCUGCCGAGGACAUCUUCAACUCCGAGAUGGGAGGAAUGAGCAGCGUGAAGAAGAAAGCCAAGGAGAAGAAAGGCACCUGGGGUUCCAUCUCUCGAGUGUUCUCCAGGAGUAAAAGAAGAAAACCUCUGGAUCCAGAACUUUUUGAAAACAACCGCUCUUCGUGGUCUCCCAAGGAGAGCGUCUGUUCGAGUCCCAUGAACGAGGAGAGCUACGUUCAGAAACUUCGCUUGCUGGAGGAGACCCACGGCACUCCUAUGCAACACUGGAGAGCUGCCACUGUUCUCGCCUGGCUCGAGAUCACCAUGGACAUGCCACAGUACGGGACGCUUUGCUCGGAAAACAUCAAGAGCGGAAAAGUAAGUUAGGACAAUGAAUUUAUC